GCGAGCACCGAGGACGGGGUGCGGCCCCUCAUCUUCCAGGACGUGGACGGCGUCUUGAACCGGAGUCCCACGGGAGCUCCCAUCGACGCGGAGCUGCUGGGGAACCUCGCGGACUUGGCGCGGAGGACGGACGCCAACAUCGUCAUCUCCUCGGCGUGGCGGAAGUCCCCGCCCGCCCUGCGCGAGCUGCUGGGCAGCCUCCGCCGCGACGCGGGUGUGCCGACGAGCAGGCUCCUGGGCGCCACGCCGUCGCUGUGCCCGGGCGUCGAGUGCAGGGCGGCGGAGAUCUCGAGCUGGCUGCGCGCGCACCCGCGGCAGGCAGCCGGCGCGCGCUGGGUGGCCAUCGACGACCGGGACCUCGGGCGCCAGGACCCCGACCUGCUGCGGGGCCACUUCGUGCGCACGGACGGGCGCGUGGGCCUCACGCGCGAGCGGGCGCUGGCGGCGGAGCGGCUGCUCCUGCCCGCGGGCGCCGCCGCCCGGGCCGCGGGCACGCGGCGCUUCCUCUGA